AAUAAAAGGUGGAAGUAAUAAGGUAGUUAAAAAGAUUAAUUGGAGUUCAUUCAAUGUUCUAACUCAGAAGUAGGUAGUCUGCCUUUUUGAAAUUGACUUCAAGAUAAACAAUGUCCGAUAACAACAGUGAUGACAAUGAAAGUUCAAAUUUAAAUGAAAGAGAACUCAACGAAAAAUUAACCAAAGAACAUAAAUUCACAGUUAGCGAAUCGUCUUUAAAGUUUCAACAACUAGUCUCUAUUUUUGAAAACGAAGAAUCAGAAACAAAAUUUAAACCUCUGUCGCAGAGACGGCUGACGGCAACGACGGUGGAGGAGGUAGUGCAGCCAGGGGACGCUAAAAAAGCUGAGCGAGCUGAUGGAGUGGACGAGGCGGACGAACCGGGAGCAGCCGAUGCGUCGUCGGCGGACGGUUUUGAACGGUCGAACCGCAGGCCAGCCCAAGGGGUGGCCGUCCCAAGUGGCAGGAAUUCCUCGAUCAGUGCAGCGUACACGUCCACCGUGUCCGUAAUGAAGCACGGCGGCGAUUGGAUGGGAAAUCCGGAGCGGAACCUGUUGUUUGUCAUUCACCCGUGGUGCAUGUUGCACAAGUCGGGCGCGGACAGGCAGUCGGAAUUUCCGCCACCCGGAUUUCUGGAACGCCUCAAGGCCAAGCUGAUGGCCCUGCACCGGCAGUCGGACGAGCAGCAGCGGCACAGCCCGUCCACGGCCACGGCGGUCAGGCGGCGCCGACACACCCACCAGAGGAUCAAGUGUUGGUUCCAGUACACGGCGACAGCGAUGGGCGGCGGUGGGUCGACAGCCAUGACGACUGUCCACGCCGCUUAUCCGCGAAACGAGCCGGCGGCAGUGGUCGAUUUUCUGUCCGUCUGGCGGCGAUGCGCCAAUAGCGUAGCAGCCGCUUGUAGCUCAGCUGACCGCGACUGACCACUGCUGCAGGUGUCUCGACACCCGCACCGUUUCGUGCAUUCCGGCAGACACUCCACGGGUGUCCGAGGCCUGCGACAUGCGAUUGCAAUCAUAUUAAUAUUAUUGUAGAUUAUCAGUA